AUGAGAGAUCGGCCCGUCAUCGGCAUCGAAAAUUAUACCAUAUACUGCGGCGAUGCUGAUGAGAACAAAGUAGGUGGCUGCGCGAUAGCUGUGAGGAACGAUUACAAGAACUUAGUGGAGGAAUUUGGCUCAACGUCGUCUAGAUGCACCUUUCUACGACUGCGGGAUCGCGGAGGACGUAAACUCUGGAUCGUAAGUGCUCACGCACCUACGGGAACCGCUGAGGACAACAGUAAGAACGCCUUCUAUGAUGAACUCAAUGCGUUGAUGUCUAAAAUACUAAGCCUGCAGCUGGUCAUUGUCGGAAUCGAAGCAAAUGCGAAGAUGGGACUCGAGCAGCAAUCCGAUGUGCUAGGAAAAUGGUAUCAUCCUUCACAUGGGCCUCAUCAUCGCUUACACGUUUAA